GCAAUGCAAGAUAUACGCAAAAUCUUGACCUGUAGUAAGUAGUGGACUCCCCUUGCCAACUACAACAGCAAUCAGAAUGAGAACGUUUUGCAUUGAUUUUUAGCGAAUAUGUCUGACAAUUAUUGCACACAGUUUAAUCAAAAUGCAAGAUAUCAGCAAAAUUUGACCUGUACUAAGUAGUGGACUCCCAUUGCCAACUACUACAGCAAACAUAAUGAGAAAAAGUGUUUUGAUUGAUUUUUAAUAUUUUUGACUAUUACUGAAUUUUGGUGAAUAUUUUUGCCUGUUAAUUACAUCCAGUUGAUCCAAAAUGCAAGAUAUCAGAAAAGUUGGACAUGUAGUAAGUAGUGGUCUCCCAUUUCCAACUACUACAGCAAACAGAAUGACUAUAUAAAUAUGUAUGUAGUAUGAUGUAGAAUUAUUGAUGUUAUUUAUACAUUUGCAGUGACAACAAAUCUAGCUGCGAGUUUUCCCACAGUUUCCGAAAUUGUCCUGCACAUACUACACAUACGAUAUAGUCGAAAAUGUAGUUACGAGGCCGAGUACGAGCGUGUGAGAACUCCAUGUCAGGCGAAUCUCAAAACAUUUCUCUCGCUGUGUAGUUUUAUCAGCUACUGUACGUGUUGAUUAACAUUUUAAAUGCAAAAGUUUAAACAUUUCGAUGCUACGGCGUGAAUGCGCAUUUUGGAAUACGUCAGUUUUUGCUAUGUAUGAUGACGUAAUGUGAUGUAUCGUUUCUCAUUAAGUGUCACGCGAACAUUACAUCAUAUCAUUUCGAACAUGUUGAGGUAAUUAUUGCCGACAAAUACGUCAAUGUUCUCAAGUACGAUAUUAGAACGGCGUAAUUUUGAAUUCAGUAUUUGUGCACCGUCGUCCUGGCGGGUAUACGAACGAACCCUGCGGUGUUUUUUUGUUGGUUUUUGGCUAACAUUCAUGUUGUUGUUUUUGGCUAACAUCCACGUUGAGUUCCUGUUUCAAUGUCAAGCCGCCGAGAUGUUAGGGCAGCCGGCAGUUUGGAGCAGCCACCGGCAGGGAGUCCGAGCAGAGGCGUGUGCGAGGAGAGACGACAGGGAUUUGGUGUUCAGGACUUUCUUGAGGGCUCUAAAUAUGAGGGAGAGUUUGUUGAUGGCCUCAAACAAGGCAAGGGAAGGUACACUUGGAGAAGCGGAGAGUUCUAUGAAGGCUCUUUCUACAAAGACUACAGGCAUGGCGAUGGGAUGUACUGUUGGCCAACAGGCAAAUUCAUUGGCAAGUUCUACCUUAACUGGAGAGAAGGCUAUGGAAAACAUAUUUUUCCUGAUGGAGCCAUAUUUAAGGGUUUGUACCAUGCCGACCAGAGGUUCGGUCCCGGUGUGCUUAGUGAGCCAACGGGAUGUCAGGAUGUCGGACUUUGGCACGGGAAGCAUCUGAUACAAAUGUGUAACUCUGUACAAGGCAGCUUCAGCCUGACCAAAUUUACUGAAUACGCUGUCUACUUGGAGCAAACUACCGCCUCACAUUCUCAGAGUCAAACUCCCAAAACAGUUCUCUCUGAUGGACUUGCCAGGACACAUUCAGACAUGGAUGAUGGUUUGCUGCUCUUUGACGAAAAUACUAUUCUCCCUUCUGGCAUUGAAAAUUAUUCCACUGAUGGUGACCACCUACCGUUGCCCCCACAUGUUAGAAAAGAGUUCGACCAGCAUUUUGGCCAGCUGUGGGAACCUGAUUCUCACCCAUAUGAAGGCUACAAACGUGACCCACUCUCAACUCUCCCUUUAACAGACAAAAUGUUGGCUCACAUUCACAAACACAGACAGCAAGCUGAAAAAUUGGACUGGGAUAUUGCGAAAGUUCUGUCAUAUAAAAGGGACAAUUUUGGUCCUAAAGGACCAUUGGAAGUCGCGUCAGAGCUACUGAUACAUCGAGCUUCCAUAGGAGAACGACAGGCUGUUUUGAAGAUUCUGCUGGAUGGCCUUGUUCACCCAGAUGUAGCAGAUUCUCAGGGACACACUGCAUUGAUUGCUGCCACAAUAAACUGCCAUAAUGAUGUGAUCCAGCUGUUACUGGAUAUGGGGGCUAGUAUUGACAGGCUGAAUUUUGAGGGAAUGUCUUCUUUGUCAGUUUGUCAUGUCCUUUACUAUCCUAUCCAGUGUUUGUACACGUUUUCUGGACCUCCAGCCAAAACACAGGAUAUCACUGAAGAGCCCACUGAUGAGGAGUUGACUCUUGCAGAUGAUCAUAACCGAUGUAACCAGAAAAAGGUGCUACUUUCGGAGGGCGCAAUUCAGGACAGUGAAAUGGCCCCAGCACAAUCCUUUUCUUCUUCCUGCUCAAUGUACAGCUACAACAUAGAAGUCUCAGAGGAGAUCCUGCAGGGUGCAGCUGAAGCUCUGAGUCGCACCGGAUUUCCUCAGCAUUCUGAUACUCAGGAGACUGUUCGCAAAAUAGCUGCAAAAAAAUUUAUGCAUCGUUUUCGUUUGUCCACACUGAAUCUGCUAUUGGAUCGGGGAGCUGACCCUAAUAUAUGCAAAGUCCCCUUACCUGUCCUCUUCGUGGCCAUUAUGGCUGGAGACACUGAAACUGUCAGGAGACUUCUACUGAGUGGAGCUCACACUUGUAUUUCUCUCUCACUUGAGAGGAAAGCCCUUUAUCCUCUUCAUGUGGCUGCAGAACUGCCAGGCCCAGAAAGUCCCAAAAUCAUAGAACUGCUGCUGCAUGCUCUAUCUGACCCAGACGCACGAGCACGCGACCAGAAUGAGAUCUACGAACUAGAUAAGGUUUCCAUGAUAAUAAGGAAAUCAUGCAGGAUCCGGUGGAAGCAAAGUCCUGAAGAAGGAGGUCGAACAGCUCUGCACAUGGUCUGCCAGAGAGAAACUGAUCACUGUAAUGCCAGCAAGGCGGUAUCGCUCUUGCUCUCCCAUAGAGCCAGAACAGAUCUCCUCUGGAGUGGACAUUCACCUCUUUCCUUAGCCAUAUCAAGUGGCAAUGAAAUGGCAGUGGAGGAGCUGUUAAAAGGGGGUGCAGAUCCCAACAUUCCCUUGGGUUUUGGAGUGGGCAAUGCCCUUUGUGCCCUCAGUAACUUCAGCUACAACUUGGAUGGAAAAAGAGUCAAACUGUUGGACAUGUUAGAAAAAGCUGGUGCUGACAUGUUGAUGCCAGUUCAAGUUGGCGAUAUCAAAGGGACUGCAGUUGACUAUGCACACUUCUCUUUCAACCAGGACUUGCGUAUUGCCAACACACCCUUCCAUACGCUCAACAUGGAGGAGCGAGAAACAUUCAAAGCACGCCGUCACCUGCUUAGCCUGAUGGGAGAUCUGCUUCGAUACAAGGCUGUUAAAAGAGAGAAAGAUCAUUUAGAGAGAGAAAAGCGCCUUUUACAGAAUAGUGAAGUCGCUAGUUCUUCUGACAACAAACCUCCCGUAGCAAGGAAACCAUUUAAGUUCUGCUACCAUUGUGGACGCUCUGCAGCUGUGACACUAACUGCUUGUACUCGCUGCCACAAGGUUCUUUACUGCUCAACGCAUUGUAAACUAAAAGCCUGGAACAAGGGACACAAGGAGGAGUGUGUCCGGGAGUGUCAGGAAUAGACUUUCUCCGGUUCCCUUUUACAACCCCAAUUCCAAUGAAGUUGGGACGUUGUGUUAAGCAUAAAGAAAAACAGAAUACAAUGAUUUGCAAAUCAUGUUCGACCUAUAUUUAAUUGAAUACACUGCAAAGACAAGAUAUUUAAAGUUCAAACUGACAAACUUGAUUGUUUCUAGCAAAUAAUCAUGAACUUAGAAUUUUAAGGCUGCAACACGUUCCAAAAAAGCUGGGACUGGUGGCAAAAAAGACUGAGAAAAGUUGAGGAAUGCUCAUUAAACACCUGUUUGGAACAUCCCACAGGUGAACAGGCUAAUUGGGAACAGGUGGGUGCCAUGAUUGGGUCUAAAGCUAAAUUCAGGAGCUUCCCUGAAUUGCUCAGUCAUUCACAAGCAAAGAAGGGGCGAGGUUCACCUCUUUGUGAACGAGUGCGCGAGAAUAUAGUCGAACAGUUAAGGACAAUGUUUCUCAACAUACAAUUGCAAGGAAUUUAGGGAUUUCAUCAUCUACGGUCCAUAUCAUCAUCAAAAGUUUCAGAGAAUCUGGAGAAAUCACUAAGCGGCAAGGCCGAAAACCAACAUUGAAUGCCCGUGACCUUCGAUCCCACAGGCGGCACUGCAUCAAAAACCGACAUCAAUGUGUAAAGGAUAUCACCACAUGGGCUCAGGCAGUCAAUUUUUGUUUAACACAGCGUCCCAACUUCAUUGGAAUUGGGGUUGUAGAAUGGGGAAGACCAUCCAUCUGAUGCAGCCAAUCUGACGAUACUGGCCAUGACUCUCAUUCAAAUUACCUGUCAUAUAUGACAGUCCUACAAUAGUCAGAACCUUGGGCACUAGGGGCGCUCCUUUUUUCUGGACUACCUCAAAAUUCCAAAUCUCAGUGAUGACAUGCCCAACUUUAAUCUUCCAGCGCUCUGUUUUCUCGUGUAUGAAAUAUCUGUCCAUGAGGUGCAGCUGAUUUUUCUUAGGCCAAAUGUUUCUUAAAAAGUAUACUUACUAUAGCUUCAAGGGAUGACCAAGUCCACCAUUGACCUGUGACCUUAAAGGCGUGUGCUUUUCAACACCCUUAAUGUUGUAACUUUUUUUUUUUCAUUUAUGAAAUCUGUAUUUUCAUACAUAAAAUAAAAUUUGGGAUUAAACACGA